CUGAUGGAAAACUACACCUACAACAGCCUCACCCUCCAGCUGGAGGGGUUGAAUCUCUCAAAGGACUCUGUCUACCCGGUCUUUUUCUUCUUCUUUUUCUCCUACAUUUUUAUAAUGUUUGUGAAUGUAGGCAUUGCGUUUCUUGUUUUCAUUGACAAGAACCUUCACCAGCCGAUGUAUCUCCUGUUUUGCAACCUGCCAAUCAAUGAUAUUGUUGGGAAUUCGAUCAUGGUGCCCCGGCUGCUGGUAGACAUGUUGCUGCCUCCCUCUGAACGUCUCAUCAGUUAUUACGAGUGUGUGGUCCAAGCUUUCACCACACACAUGUUCGGCACCACUUCACACACUGUGCUCAUGAUUAUGGCUUUUGACAGAUAUGUGGCCAUCUGCAAUCCCCUGCGUUACGCUGCCAUAAUGACCAACAAAAUGGUGAUCAAGCUGACAGUUUCUGCCUGGGGAGUGGCCUUUGUUCUGGUCGGGAUUCUGCUCGGUCUGACCGUAAGACUGAACCGAUGCAGGAGUAUGAUCAUGAAUCCUUACUGUGACAAUGCCUCCCUGUUCAAACUCUCCUGUGAGAAUGUGUUCAUCAAUAAUGUGUAUGGCCUCACUUUCACUGUAGUCCUGUUUACAGCUUCUAUUGGCAGCAUAGUUCUCACCUAUACUAAGAUUACUGUCGUCUGUCUGACCAGUAAAAACAAGACUCUGAACAGUAAAGCUUUGAAGACCUGCAGCACUCAUCUGGUUGUGUAUCUGAUCAUGCUGAUCAGUGGAUUUAUUGUCAUUAUUCUGCACCGUUUCCCUCAGUACUCAGACUACAGGAAACUGUCUGCCAUCUUGUUUCACAUCAUCCCCGGCAGCCUCAACCCCGUUAUUUAUGGGGUUCAGUCUGCAGAGAUCUGCAAAUCCUUAUCCAAAUUAUUCAGAUCCAAAUUGGUUCUGCCAUUUUUCUGA